GGAAGGGCCGUGCUUGUUUCCGGAGCGUGCAGAAGGCUGUAAAACAUCACUUCCAAACCCUCAACACCAAAGUGUGUCCUCGUGUGCCUGACCGGGAGCCAUCGCAGGAGCGUCCACAAACACCCAGAGCAGACACAGAUCCGCUUAAUUACCCACUUUGUUCUUUCUUAAUGCGUUAUCAUAGAGUGAGACUGGAAAUUGUGUCACGAUACUUCUACUUUCCGUAUGAAGCGAGACUGCAACAUGGAGCAGAAUACUUUCGCUCUCUUUAUGAAGUGGGAGAAAAACUGAGACUGGGAGACAACGAAGAAGUCUUUGUCCAUGAAGGAAUAAGGAGAUCAGACGGCUAAAAAGUGCUCAUCAAAUUUGCUGGGAAACAUUUUUUUGCUGGAAUGACAUUGAUAUCGGAUGAGUUAUUCAAACCCUGGUAUCACGAGGCAAUUAUAAUCUUGACGCUGCAAAGGCCUCCGUCCUGUGACCAUGUCAUACGAUUAUAUGACUGGUUUAUCAUGGAGGAACAAGACGUCUUGGUCAUAGAAAAUCUCCAUCCGUGUGUGACUCUGUCUGAGUUCAUCAGACAAAACAGACGUCACCUGAAUGAAGAAACAGCCAGACGCGUCCUGCAGCAGCUCACCGUUGCACUGAAGCACUGUUUGGAUCGUGGCGUUGGUCCUGUCACAGAUUUGAGAAGAGUUCUCAUCAACACAUACACCCUGCAGCUGAAGAUAAUGGACUUUACAUAUGCAGACUUAAUCCCAAAUGUACAAUAUGACUCAAGCCGCAGAGCGAGAUUUGUAGUAACAGCAGUUGAAGGAUUAUACAAAGUGAUGAAAGAGCUCAUCGAUCGAUUUCCACUUUGGGAAAAAGCAUUUCUGUCCAAAGAUUGCAGGGAUCUUCUUCAGAAACUUGGGCACGGUGGGCCAGCAAUGAUCGAGACUUUAGAGGACAUCUUAGAUCAUGCAUGGUUAAGAGACGCAUCCACAGCGAAUGAAGGAGAAGGAAUCUGA